UCAGACGGCCCCAUCAUGCUGCUGCUGGGCGCCCUGCUCCUGGCUCUGCUCUGCGCCUGGGGGCUGGUGCACUGGCAAACUGGGAUGGGGACGGGAACAGGUUUGGGGCGUCCACGGAGCCUGCCAGCCCUGCCGCUGGUGGGGAGCCUGCUGCAGCUGGCCGGGCACCCCCAGCUCCACCUGCGGCUCUGGCGCUUGCAGAGCCUCUAUGGCAGCCUCUACGCACUCUGGAUGGGCUCCCACUACGUGGUGGUGGUCAACAACUACCAGCAUGCCAGGGAGGUGCUGCUGAAGAAGGGGAAGGCUUUCGCCGGACGGCCCCGCACAGUGACCACGGACCUGCUGUCCCGGGGGGGCAAGGACAUCGCUUUUGCCAGCUACGGCCCCCUGUGGAAGUUCCAGCGCAAGCUGGUGCACGCCGCCCUCUCCAUGUUCGGGGAGGGCUCGCUCGCCCUCGAGAGGAUCAUCUGCCGGGAGGCUGCGUCCCUGUGUGAGACACUCAGUGCUGCACAGGAUACUGCCCUAGAUGUGGCCCCUGAGCUCACACGGGCUGUCACCAAUGUGGUCUGCUCCCUCUGCUUCAACUCCUCGUACCGGCGUGGGGACCCUGAGUUUGAGGCCAUGCUGGAGUACAGCCAGGGCAUCGUGGACACUGUGGCCAAGGAGAGCUUGGUGGACAUCUUCCCUUGGCUCCAGAUCUUCCCCAACAAGGACCUGGCCCUGCUGAAGAGAUGCCUCAAGGUCCGGGAUCAGCUGCUGCAGCAGAAGUUCAGCGAACACAAGGAAGCCUUCUCUGGACACACCGUGAGGGACCUCAUGGAUGCCCUCUUGCAAGUGAGGCAAAGUGCUGAGAACAGCAGCACCCCAGCGCCGGGGCUGGAGCUGACGGAUGACCACCUCCUCAUGACAGUGGGGGACAUCUUUGGGGCUGGCGUGGAGACCACCACGACUGUGCUCAAAUGGGCUGUGCUCUACCUGCUCCACUACCCCGAGGUCCAGAGGAAGAUCCAGGAGGAGAUGGAUCAGAAAAUUGGCCUGUCGCGUCAUCCCCACCUCAGCGACCGUCUGCUGCUGCCCUACCUGGAGGCCACCAUCAGUGAAGUGCUGCGCAUCCGGCCCGUAUCCCCCCUGCUCAUCCCACACGUGUCCCUUGCUGACACUAGCAUCGGGGAAUACUCCAUCCCCAAGGGCGCCAGGGUCAUCAUCAACCUUUGGUCCGUGCACCAUGAUGAGAAGGAGUGGGACAAGCCUGAGGAGUUCAAUCCUGGUCGCUUCCUGGAUAAGCAGGGCCAGCACAUCCACUCGCCCUCGCCCAGCUACCUGCCCUUCGGGGCUGGGAUCCGUGUCUGCCUGGGCAAAGUCCUGGCCAAGAUGGAGCUCUUCCUCUUCCUGGCCUGGGUGCUGCAGAGGUUCACACUCGAGUGCCCCCAGGACCAGCCCCUGCCCUCGCUGGAGGGCAAGUUUGGCGUCGUGCUGCAGGUGCAGAAGUUUCGGGUGAAGGCCAGGCUGCGGGAUGCCUGGCGAGCAGCCUCGUGACGGGGACGAGCUCUGGAUCCCAGGUGGUGGUGGGAUGGGGUGGGACUAAGGAGGCUGUACCCUGCCUGCCCUGUGGAUGCAGGGUUGUCCAGAUAAAGCUGUUCCCUGUGCAGUGUGGCUCUGGCUGCUUCCUAGGCAAGCACUGGAGGGCAGGGGGAGCUGGGAAGGUGCCUAAGAUAUACGGUGACCCCACAACCUCGUGUGAGCACUGGACUGAGCUGGGAGGCCAUGGCCCCUCUGUAGGGUUCCCAACACAAAUGGCCCCCAGGGAGGUGGGGCAACUGGAGCCAACUGGGAGCUGUGGAGACCAGCCACCCCCUUGGCUGGUGGGGGGAGAAGGGCACACCCUGACCAGGUAAGGGGGGAAAAGUGCUCAGUGGGCAGUUUGGGGGUUAGGGAUGCCCAGGCUGUGCCCAGCAGCUAUGGCCCCAGGUGGGUGACCCAGGCUGGUCCUUGCCUUGGUUUCCCUGCUGGGAGCAUGGAGAAUAAAGGCUGGGAGCUGAGCCGACUGUGGAGCCGGGAGAGGUACCCCCAGCCCUGUGUUCGCCUGCCCUGGCCCAGGACAGUGAGCCUGUGCUGCUGGGAACCCCGCCUGCUCAUUGCAGGGCAAAAGAAGGAAACUGGGCUUGGAAGUUCCUGCAGGUUUAGCUCCUGCCCAGCUUCCUCUUCCAUGGUACUGCUGCAGGCACGUGCAGGUGUACACACAUGGGUGCAGGCACAGACAUGUACUUACAAGCAUGUGAAUGCACACAAAAGCACAGGGAUGCAUUUAUGCCUGCUGAAACACACAAACCUUUGCAUGCACACAUGCAUCCAUUGAAUGCACAGACACACAGCCCUUUCCAGCUGGGACGUCAACGCCUUGCAGUGCUGCAGGGCUGUCUGACCCCAUCUCUGUGAGCGGCUCCCUGUGAGAAGGCACGGGCAGCUCUAGUUCCAGCUGAAAGUGGGGUUCCCAUCACUCAGGGACAUGGGGAAGCCCACCAAGGCACUCGGACUCCACAGGCUGAGCUCAGCUGUGCCCCCCCAGUCCUAGUGCGUGGGCACCGCGGCGCCAGGGGCUGCAGACAUUCACUGUGCAGCAAUGUGGCAUCUCCCGCCCGUCCUGAGCACUGAUGCUCACCAUCUGGCUGCAUUAUGGUUAUCACUCAGAGCAGCACAACCUUCCCCUAUCGUGAGGGGCCAGGUUUGCUUUCACCAAAAACUGCUGUGCUGUGGAGGACAGUGUGCAGUUCAGUUUCUGGAUCUCUGUUACUUGAUCUCUUAAUGUUUAACCAAAUACUGACAGACCUACAGCUCAGGGUACCUGGAAGGAAAGCAGCUGGAGCAGAAGGGAAAGCCCUGUGUGGCCCCAGUGCAGUGUGACACCUCCAGCCCUGCAUGCAUUCCCCUUUUUGCUCUGCCCCUGCCCUCUCC